AAAUGGUAUGGCGGGAUGGCGGAUCUUACGGUUAUCGAUUUAAUAAAAUGAUGUCACGAUAUCGUACCAUAUCAAUGGGCAAGUACGACGAGCCUUGCGUCGAAAUGAAGCACAUGCAGCUCUAACCAUUAGGUAACUCUCAUAAACUCUUCUCUUUACUAGUCAAGGUAUUCUAAUUCGAAGUUUACCAUCCAUAAUCAACAGUGAAGUCAUGUUGCAGAUUUCAUCUUGUCAUACGAAAAAGGCUCGUACCAGUUUACAGCUAUGGGAUGCUUCCAAAGAUCUCAACAAUUAAAAGCAACUUGCUAUGCGAGACGGUUAACCAGACUGGUCCAUGGAACAUCUCGAUUAGCCCUGGUGCCGAUCCGUACCGGUAUAUCAAAGAUUUCUCGUCGAUCAUCACGCUUACAUCAAAACCAGUUCCCACGUGGCUUUUUUACUUCGCCCAACCAGAGGAAUAUAGGUUUUAGUAAAGGCCCCCCUACUAUCGUCACUGUAGCCAUCUCCGGUAUUUUAGGCGGCUUGCUCAUAUACUCGCUUUACCCAGGCGAUGAACUACGGCGAUCCCGCAUUGUCACGCAGACUGAGAAAGGUUUGAAGCGUACAAAUGAUGACGCGCAACUUCAAGCCGAAGACACCGCCUGGUCGGCCUUUGCCAGUCGCUUUGAGCGUUUUUCUAAUGUCACCGAUAUUGAAUGGUCGACAUUAUCUGAUCGCCUUGUCGAUAUGAUCCUUCCUGAUUGGUCAAGGACUCUUCCUAGUCAAAUCCGCAAACUCCAACGUGAGCUUUCUGUGAAGGACGGGUCACUCGCGAAUGAGAUAUGGCGGGAUGCUCAUGACCCUUUUAUCCAUCCAGAAAUUCAGUAUUCUGCUAGGGUACGUGUCUCGGAGGAUCUCUGCGACGAAGAAAAAGAGUUUCUAGCUCGCCGGAAGAAAGUCGCCACUGCGGCUUUAGCUAAGUAUCUUGGUCUUGAUGAGAAGGACGUCCAUCCUGACGAUGUUCCCACCAUUGCCAUAUGUGGCUCUGGUGGCGGAUUGCGAGCUUUGGUUGCUGGCACAGGUUCGCUUCUUGCCACCCAAGAAGAUGGUUUAUUUGAUUGUACCACGUAUACGGCGGGCGUCAGUGGUUCAUGCUGGCUUCAAUCCUUAUACAAUUCAUCCGUUACAAACCGCCAAUUUGACCGAAUCGUCGAUCACCUGAAAUCGAGAAUAGGUGUUCAUUUUGCAUACCCUCCAGCUGCAUUUUCAUCGGUGACAUCCGCGCCAACCAGUAAAUUACUCCUUAGCAGUCUAGUCGAAAAGCUCAGAGGAGACCCGAACGCCGAUUUUGGACUUGUCGAUGCUUACGGAAUUCUGUUGGCCGCGAGGCUCCUAGUGCCCAAAGGCGAGCUCGGUGUUAAUGAAAAAGAUUUUAAACUUUCUAGUCAGAGAGAAUACAUCAAGUAUGGAGAGAACCCACUGCCAAUUUAUACUGCCGUACGCCAUGAGAUCCCUGAUAUAGCCAACAAAUUGUCGAAAUCCGGCGUUACUAGUCCAGAGCGAGCAGAGGAGAUCGCAAAGAAGGAAGCGUGGUUUCAGUGGUUUGAGUUAACACCCUACGAAUUUUUCUGUGAGGAGUUUAAUGCCGGAAUUCCGACCUGGGCACUUGGUCGUCGAUUUAACGACGGAGAAGACGUGCCCCCGGAGAGCAACGGCUUUCAUCUCCCAGAGCUUCGAAUGCCCAUCAUGAUGGGUAUCUUCGGUAGCGCCUUUUGUGCGACCCUUAGCCACUACUAUCGUGAAAUUCGACCUCUCGUAAAAAGUCUCACUGGAUUUGCCGCAAUUGACGGAAUGAUAUAUGGGUAUAAUACAGACUUGGAGAAGGUCCAUCCAAUCGACCCGGCUCAAAUACCCAAUUUUACGUAUAAUAUGGAAGGAAAAUUACGAUUUACGACGCCUACUGCGAUAUGUGAUAAUGAGUACAUUCAACUUAUGGACGCAGGAAUGUCAAACAAUUUACCUCUCUACCCUUUACUUCGACCUGGCCGGGAUAUUGAUAUUAUCGUGGCAUUUGAUGCCUCUGCCGACGUUAAGACGGAUAACUGGCUGUCUGUAGCAGAUGGCUAUGCGCGCCAACGAGGUAUUAAGGGUUGGCCAGUCGGUGUUGGGUGGCCCAAAGCAACAGAUUCUGUCCAAACAAUUGAGCAACAACUAGAGUCAGCGCAAGCAAAAUCACCAGCCGACGCUGAGGCGAAGGUACAUCAAGCGCAGCAAGGACAAGGAGAUGGUCGGGUCGAAACCCGUAGCAAACCGCCUACGCCGACCACAGAGCCAAGUGACAAAGCGAAACACGAUAUAUCGCACCCGGAAGACUCCGACCUAGGCUACUGUACGAUUUGGGUCGGCUCGAAGGAAGAAAGGUCAUCGGAGCCACCUCCCCCCACAAAAGCAAAGCCACUUACGGACGAUACACUGGCUUGGCAGCUUAAGGAGCCCAACGCCGGCAUGACUAUUGUGUACCUGCCGUUCCUGGCAAACCCAAAAGUUGAGGGCGUCAACCCGGCCGAGUCCGAUUACAUGAGCACGUGGAACUUCGUGUACACCCCCGAGCAGGUCGACAAGGUUGUAGCGCUUGCACGCGCCAACUUCGCCGAAGGCAAGGACCAGGUCCGCCGCUGCGUGAGGGCAGUGUACGAGCGCAAGAAGAAGAUGCGUGAAGACCACGAGGCGGCUGUCAAGAGGGAGGUGUAUAGACGGUUGGUUAGGUUAGGUAUAGCGGAUAAACUGGGCGAGGGCGACCAUUUUAGUUGACACUGCGGUAGUCAAGGUUCAUGGUUAGGAGUUCGCCGCGUUGGAUACAACCCGUUUGAUAAUAUUAAUAAUAUGUUCCUCUCUUCAACCUCCUCUUUUUGUAUACUCACAAAUGCUUUAUGUACACCAAUAGAUUACCGAUUAAAAAAUGAGUCACGU